UAUUUUUCCAAACGUGAAAUAAAAUUAUAUAGAAGAGUUUUGUCUCGCUAAUAUUGAUUAAAAUAAAUAAAUGCGUUUCAAAACGGGCGGCAAGGUGUGUGGAACAAGCUAGACAGCUGAUACAUGAAAACAACAUGGCGAAAGUGACCCAUGCCGUGUGGGAUUUAUCUUCGAACUUUGCGGCAAAUCGGUAUUUUUCUCGUUUGUUGACUUCACCAUGGUGCAACAUAUCUAUGGUCACGUCGUCUCAAGAGUUGUCAACAAAUGCUGCAGCAAAUGUCAAAUCUGAAGAUGCAUUGAUUAUCAGUGACAGUUGUGUGAAACGUCUGAAGGAAAUAGCAAAUGAUGGCGCAUGUUUGAGGGUCUCGGUGGAAGGUGGUGGCUGUUCUGGAUUUCAAUACAAAUUUGACUUGGAUCCGAACAUACAUGAGGACGAUAGAACUUUCCGGUAG